AUGGGGUCGAUUCAGGUCGAGGAGUUCCUCGAUCAAGGUCAACCCAAUGGAGUCAGCUCUAAGUCUUUUGACAUUCCCGACUUGCGAUCAGAUAACACUGCGACUGGAUUGAAGGAGGAGCUCAUACUUUUGUCUUGGCUCAUUGCGCUCCUGCGAACGAGGGAGGGCAGCCAGAUUAGCUAUGAGUGGGCGUUUGGAGGCGGGGAUUCUCCGAAGCGUUUGGCGAUGGAGGAUUUGAAGAUUGGACUGCAGAGUAAUGUUGGAGAGGCUGCCGUUGCGAUUUCUGAGCAUAUUGCGACAGUCGCGACAGAAAUAUUCGGUCCUACUUCGCUCAUUCUGAGCACCGACUCGCUGUCGCAAAAUGCUGAAGCUAAAGACGAGGGUGCGCUUCAUCUGGAAAUCCGCCUCGAAAAUACGCGCCUCGAGAUCCGCCCAGCAUGGCAUACAGAGAAUAUGCUGCCGUACACAGUUACCCGAUACAUCGAGACACUUACUGAUGUUCUCAAACUAUGCAUUGCGCACUCGACCGCGCUCAUCCAGGACUUCUACCUGCGCCCGACCAACUUCGACCUAGAGAGUAUCUGGAGCUGGAACCACGUUCUGCCUCCAUCAUACAAGUUCUGCAUGCACGAGAUGGUAUCAGAACAAGCUCGCAAAUUUCCCGAUAAAGAGGCCAUUUGCUCCUGGGACGGCAGUUUAACAUACAGAGAAGUUGAUCGGUAUUCUUCAUUUGUUGCGGCCUCGUUGAAGGAUUUGGGUGUUCGGCUGCACGAUGUUCUUCCCGGGUGCUUUGAGAAGUCGAGGUGGACAAUUGUCGCGGUUCUGGGAAUCAUGAAAUCAGGAGCAACGUUUGUGCUCAUGGACCCGACGCUUCCGCUUGCACGAUUACAGAACAUCGCUGAGCAGGUGGGUGCGAAGAUGAUGCUGUCUUCCAGCAAGCAGCAGGAGCUGGCUACAAUGAUCAUGCCAGAUAGUGUGCCUUUUGUCGUUGGCGAGGAGACUUUUGCCGAUCCCUCAAAGCUGCAGAAUAUCCCUGAAUUGGCCCCAGUGCCUUCGUCUGCCCUGAUGUAUAUGAUCUUUACUUCUGGAAGCACGGGGACUCCGAAAGGAGUCAAACUCUCUCACGAAACAUAUACGAGCAGUGCCAUUCCGAGAGCUCAAGAGGUCGGGUACACAGAAGACUCAAGGGUACUCGAUUUUGCGUCCUACGCUUUCGACGUCAGCAUCGACAGCAUGCUUCUCACCCUCGGAAACGGCGGAUGUCUCUGCAUUCCCUCAGACGAAGAUCGAAUGAAUGACAUCAACGGCGUGAUCCGCAACAUGAGAGUCAACUAUGCAGGUCUCACUCCAUCAGUAGCGCGAAUCCUAGACACAGACGUCAUCUCUUCGCUUGAGGGUCUCGGUCUUGGAGGAGAGGCUGUCUCAGCAAGAGACUGCACAGUCUGGGGUAAACUUGCCCGGAUUAUCAUCGGAUACGGCCCUUGCGAGUGCACGAUUGGAUGCACGGUCAACGGCAAUGCUGCGACUGGUAGAGACUAUAUCUCCAUUGGUAAGGGCAACGGAGCGGCCAUGUGGAUCACGGACCCCAACGACCACGAACUUCUUGUGCCAGUCGGUGCUGUUGGCGAAUUGCUUGUCGAAGGCCCCAUUGUCGGGCAAGGUUACCUGAACGAUCCCGAAAAGACUGCGGCUGCAUUUAUCGAGGAUCCAUCGUGGCUCGUUGCAGGCCACAAAGGCUACACUGGUCGCCGUGGCCGUCUUUACAAGACUGGAGACCUUGGCAAAUACGACCCUGACGGGUCUGGAGGCAUUGUCUUUGUUGGGCGAAAGGAUACGCAAGUCAAAUUGCGCGGACAACGUGUUGAGCUCGGUGAGAUUGAGAGCCAACUUAGGGCUAGACUUCCUUCAGAUCUCAGCGUCACUGCGGAAGUCAUAGUUUCUCAUGGCCAGCUCACCCUGGUAGCAUUUGUUUCUGCACAAUCCACAAAGAAACAGGACAACGUCGAGCUGCAAUCAAUAGAGCAUUCUGAGGAGUUACGUCAGAUCAUCUACGAGGCCGAUAAGGACGUUGCAACCGUCUUGCCGCGAUACAUGGUCCCAACUGCUUACAUCCCGGUCAACUACAUGCCUGUCUUGAUCUCAGGCAAGACCGAUCGCAAGCGACUAAGAGAGCUCGGCUCGAAGCUGGACUUGAGAGAGUUAGACCAAGGCUCAAGCAGCAGCAACCACACUGGGGAGUUGAGUGAGCUUGAGCAGCGUUUGCGCCGGGCAUGGGCCGAGACAUUGAAGCGCGAGCCGGAUUCCAUCAGGCCAGACGACAAUUUCUUUGCGCUGGGUGGUGACUCGGUAAUGGCUAUGAAACUCGUGACGAUCUCACGUUCUCACGGGCUUGAGCUCACCGUUGGCAACACGUUCAACACCCCUGUACUUUCAGAUAUGGCAGCCGUCGUCAAGGUCUGCGACUCACAGGCACGGACAGAGACGCCGCCAUUCUCACUGAUAGCCCAGGAUGCCGAGAGCGCUACACUCGAGGCGGCACAAGCGUGUGGAGCGGAGCCGGCAGCCGUAGAGGAUAUCUAUCCCUGCACACCUACGCAGGAGUCACUGUUCACAUUCUCGCUCAAGGCAGUCGUGGCGUACGUGGCCCAGAGAGUUGCAACAAUCCCAUCAGGCAUUGAUCUCGACGCCUGGAAAAAGGCCUGGGAAGAAGUUGUCGCAGCAAGCCCUAUCUUGCGCACUCGUGUAGCUCAGAUUUCCGAGCCUGGUCUACAGCAAGUUGUGCUCAAAGAAGCCAUCUCUUGGAAACAUGCAACCAACCUAGAGCAAUAUCUUGUAAAUGACAAGGAUGAGAAAAUGGAACUCGGACAGAGCCUAGCCCGGUACGCCAUUGUCGAAAACUCAGACGGCAAACGGUACAUGGUCUGGACAAUCCACCACGUAGUCUACGACGGGUGGUCAGAGCCUAUCGUCCUGCAGCAAGUCAGCAACGCUCUCAGGGAGCAUCCCAUUGACAUUCAGUCCCAGAUGCGAGAGUUCGUCAAGUACGUGCGUGACACGGACGAAACCGCAAUGGAGGAAUUCUGGCGCCGCGAGCUGAGAGGUGCCGUGGGACCUCAGUUCCCUCGUCUUCCAUCUCGAGACUUCUUACCUACUCCCAACGGCAUGGUCGAACGCCAUAUUAAUCUUGAAAUCGGUGCUGGCUCACCGUUCACGAUGGCGACGCUGAUCCGGGGUGCGUGGGCACUGGUUGCAUCACAGUACACCGGCAGCGACGAUGUCGUAUUCGGCGAGACCCUCAUGGGUCGUGAUAUUUCUUUGCCCGGGGUUGAGGGUAUCAUCGGCCCGCUGAUCGCAACGGUCCCUGUUCGCAUGCACGUCCAGCGCAAGACCUCCGUCGAGGCUUAUCUGCAGAGCGUCCAGAAGGCCAUGUUGUCCCGUACACCCUACCAGCACAUGGGUAUGCAGAACAUCAGAAAAGUAAGCCAGGAUGCUCAACAUGCGUGCGAGACUGGUACUGGUCUCGUCAUCCAGCCAGAUCCCGAGUACGUGGGUGGUGAAUUAGGGUUCGAGGUGGGCGAUGUCGUCCGCGAAGCACUGCAUUUCAACCCGUACCCGGUUAUGCUGGGAUGUGGAAUACAAAAAGGUGGUUUCAGGAUCUGUGCCAGCUUCGAUGUCAAUCUGGUUGAGGUCGCUCAGAUGGAGCGAAUUCUGGCGCAGGUUGAGACUGCGUGCUCGCAAUUGUUGAAGGAUCCCUCAAGGAGAAUCGGUGACAUCUCCUGCGUUCCUGAGGCGGAAUUAAACAAGAUCUGGCAGUGGAACCAGAUACCUCCGUUGUCCGCGGACGAGUCAACAGGCAAGCUCCGUGCAGAUGCAGCCACUAAGCCAGGAUCAGCGUAUCCUCCUGUCGCCGUGCCGUGGGUAUGUGACCCCAGAAACCCAUCUCGACUAUCUCCCAUCGGCUGUGUUGGUGAGCUCUGGAUCGAAGGUGCUGUGCUCGCUGCUGAGGCUACUGAGUCUCCUGCCUGGUUGGUAGCCGGAAGCCCCGCCUUCGCUGGUCGCACGGGUAGGGUACAGCCCACAGGCGACAUGGUCCAAUUGCAGGAGGACGGUAGCUUAACCUUCGUUGGUCGAAAGGAGAACGUUGUAGGAGUUCAGGGGCACGCAGUUGAUAUUGCCGACCUUGAGGCUCAUAUCAAGAAGCAGCUGCCGCCAACAGUCGUUGCUGCUGCUGCCGUAUCUCAGGCACCAUCAGAGGAACCCGAACUCGUUAUUCUCGUCGAGCAGCCUUCUGAAGAAACGACAGUCAACCUUCUAUCAAAGCAGCACGUCAUAGCGCUGAGUGCGGCAGACUCGCAAAGUUCCCCGGUCAUCAACGCCGCCAUUUCUGACAACCUCGCCUUAGCCUUAAAGAAACUCGACAAAUUUAUCCGCGACAAUUUGCCCGCAUAUAUGGCUCCGUCGACAUACAUCGUUGUCAACAAGAUCCCCACAAGUACAAAGACGGGCUUGACCGACCACGGCCUCCUCAACGAUCUCGCAUCCGCCAUCCCUCGCCAAAUCCUUUCCCAGCUCCGCGAAGGCUUCGAAUCCGCAUGGAAGUCCCUCAAUGCGCAAACCGACCUAACUGCCAACGAAAGUACUCUACGGUCAGCCUGGGCGGCUAUCCUGAAGAUUGACAGUGAACACAUUGAUGUCGAUGACAACUUCUUCCGUCUGGGUGGUGACUCCGUUCUCGCUAUGAAGCUUGUCUCGGGUCUCCGUGAGCAGGGACACAUUCUGACUGUUGCCGAUGUUUUCCAGCAUAUGCGACUUGGGGAUGCUGCUAAGCGGUUGAGAGUCGGCCAGGGCCCGAAAGGGAAGAAAACACCAGCGCAGACGUACAAGGCUUUCUCGACAUUGGGUAACGUUCAAGACCUCGAGGGCUACUUGUCUCAGAGUGUUCGUCCAAAGCUGUCGGAUCCAAAUUGGCCUAUUCAGGAUGUAUGCCCCGUUACAGACUCGCAGGCCCUCGAUAUUAAGGGAACCAUCAAUGUACCGCGCACUUCCAUCCAGUACACGAUGCUCAUCUUUGACACCGGUAUCGAUGGCAAGAAGUUGCUCCGUGCUUGCAAUGAGCUAGUCAAGACCCACGAUAUCCUUCGCACGGUCUUCAUCGAGAACAAGGCCUCCUUCCUCCAGGUUGUCCUGAACAGUCUCGAAGCACCCAUUACCAAGCACCAGACAGACAAGGACCUUAAGGCCUACAUCGCAGACCUCUGCAGCGCUGACAUCGAAGCCAACACCUACAACCUGGGCACUCCCUUCCUCAGCUUCUUCCACAUCCAAAGCACUGAAGGCUCUCAUGCCCUUGUACUCCGUUUCUCCCACGCCCAAUACGACGGUGUUUCCCUCCCGCGUCUCCUCCGCGACCUCGAAGUCCUCUACACAGGGCAGCCCAUCCCUGCCACAUCUAUCCAGCCCUUCCCCUCAUAUAUCUCCCAGAUCAACAACAAGACCGCCGGAUCAAAAGCAAUCGCCUACUGGCGUAACCUGCUGCAAGAUUCAACCCUUUCUGUCCUCCCUGGCAAGACCACGCCAACCGGAACCGAAAAGGCCGUCUUCCUCCACAAACCCGCGGACACCCCAUCGACUCAACCCCUCGAAUCCCUCGGCUACACAACAGCAACCCUCCUAACCGCUGCCUGGGCUGUCCUUCUUUCCCGCACUACCAAGCAGAAAGACAUCACGUUCGGCGGCGUCACAUCCGGCAGGAUCCUCGACGAUAUCAGCAACACAGAGGAUAUCAUUGGCCCAACGUACCAGUUCACGCCUGUUCGCGUGCCCUUUGGCACCCGCGACUCCUGGACACCUGCAUCGCUAUUCCAGUUUAUCCAGAGCCAGAGCGCGGAGUCAGCAGCGUACGACUUCCUUGGAUUCAGGCGCAUCGCGGAGCACUGCACCUCUUGGUCAUCGUCGUUCUUCGACUCGCUGGUCCACCACCAGGACCACGAGGACUUCGAUUCCAUGCCUUUUGCGGAUAGUGAAUGUGUAGUCGACAUUGCGAAUCCACAUGGUGACUCGCCCGAUCCAGUCAAGGUUGUUUCGUUUGUGAGAGACAACAAGUUGAACUUCGGCGUUGUCGGGUGUGAGGCUGAUAAGGAGGUUGUGGAGCGGGCUCUGGAUGAGCUGAUUGGUGUUGUGCAAGAGUUGGUUGCCCAGCCUGAGGGGGUCAUUGCGUUGGAGGUCUGA